AUGUCGGACUUUGAGGAUGAGAUGGACGUUGAUGUCCCUGCCCCUUCCAAGGACGUUGUCUUUUCAGCCGAGACAUCAAAGGGCAAGCGGAGCGCUGCCAAUCUGCCCGUAGAGGCUGAGGAUAGCUUGCCUUGGGUUGAAAAGUACCGCCCAAACACCCUCGAAGAUGUCUCGGGCCAUCACGACAUCCUGGCCACAAUCAACAAGUUUGUCGACACCAACCGCCUCCCCCACCUCCUCCUCUACGGCCCUCCAGGCACCGGCAAGACAUCCACCAUCCUCGCCCUCGCGCGCCGCAUCUAUGGCGCUGCAAACAUGCGCCAGAUGGUGCUCGAGCUUAACGCCUCGGAUGAUCGUGGUAUCGAUGUGGUGCGUGAGCAGAUCAAGACUUUUGCCAGUACCAAGCAGAUCUUCUCCCUUGGGGGAGCGUCAGCCCGCGCGGGCGCUGGGUUUAAGCUCAUCGUCCUGGAUGAGGCCGACGCCAUGACGAGUACGGCCCAGAUGGCUCUGCGACGUAUCAUGGAAAAGUACACGGUCAACACGCGGUUCUGCAUCAUCGCCAACUAUGCCCACAAGCUGAGCCCUGCUCUGCUGAGUCGCUGCACGCGCUUCCGCUUCAGCCCUCUCAAGGAGGCGGACAUUCGGGUGCUGGUAGACAAGGUGGUGGAGGAGGAGCAUGUCAAGAUUGGCGGCGAGGCGGUGGAUGCGCUGGUGAAGCUGAGCAAGGGCGACAUGCGACGGGCAUUGAACGUGCUACAAGCUUGCCAUGCGUCAAGUACGCCGCUACGACCAAAGGAUGCUCCUAAGAUCCCUGAUAGUGAGAUUAAGCGGGACAACAUCACAACAGAAACAAUCUACAACUGCAUCGCAGCGCCACCUCCAGACGCCAUCAAGGAGAUCCUGUCGACGCUGCUUAACACAUCAGAUGUGACAAGCUGUCUGACCACCAUCAACUCUCUCAAGGUGUCGCUGGGUCUCGCGCUGGCUGACAUCAUCACCGCGCUGUCUGAAGAGCUGACAAAGCUUGAAGUAAGCCCAGAGGUGAUGAUCACAUGGCUGGAUGGUCUGGCCGACAUCGAGCAUAGAGUGGCCGGUGGAAGUAGCGAGGCCAUCCAGACGGGUGCGGUUGUUGGUGUUGUCCGUAGCGGAGUCGAGUUGAUGAGCCGAUGA